CUCGUCCGCGAAAUAUUCAUUCAUGUGUUCACGAGCACGUGCCGGCCAGUACCUUAGUUUCAGCCAGUAGUUCUACAGCCGCCAUCCUUGGACGUCACUUGACCGAACUGGAAGCGAAUACGCACCGACGCAGACACAAAGGCAGAGGCUCGAACGAGACGUCCCUCUUCCUGUGCCACCACUACCACCACCACCACCAGCACACCACCGUCGCGGCGCAGAACACCAGUGCCGUGCAGUACACAGGGGAUACACCGUACAGGACGGCUACACUACUUAAUCCUCACACCAGCACGCUGCCGUCGUCGUGCAGCAUCUUCAUCUUCAUCUGCACUUUCUCCUCCACUACGACUGUCGCCUGAGCCUUUUGCACGCCAUCACGAUGCGCUGAACGGAACCGGGUCAGCGUCAGCACGUGUCCCUACCACUCCCGCCUAUUUGCCCGCCAGCUACGCAAAGCUGCUGUUCUCCUUCACAGCGACUGCUGCUGCCACUGCUGCUCGCGAGCACGCGCAGAUGGAUCACCACCAUCAACACUGCGGAAAAGAUUGGCGUCGGCCCUCGUCGAGCAUCAUGGAAUACACCUCUACACAUCCCACCUCGGCCGAGGAGGACCACGCGACAUCUCCUCUGGCUCGGAUGUCUUCCCAGUCGAACAACAAUCGCUUCUACGGAAGUGCAAGACAUGGUAAAAGCAUUGCGACCUCGUCCGCGCCGAUAGAUCGGGUGCCCGCCAUGCCCAUCGCCAUUCCCGCCAAUCCCAAUGUCAUACCGGGGAAUACCCUCCCCUCGGCGCCAGCGAGCCCGCCCACACCGGCACCGAGUCCCGCACCUAUGCACCGAGCGCCCGAUUGGAGUACUGCAGAUCCGCGCGAAGAUAUUGGAGAUCUCGAUCUCGACGACGCGGGGCCGCAUGUGUCCACGCAUGUCAGUUCGGGGGGAUAUGGCUUCGGAUACAGGAACAUGCGCGCCGUAUUCGCAGACGCUAGCAACGACGAACGUCAACGAAUGCUUGCAGAAUUGCUGAAUAUGUGCGACGGAAAAUUGCUGGGAUUCGUGGCGAACUUUGUGGCGCCACGACUAAAGCGCGAUCCUUUCUCAUCACUGCCCAAUGAGCUAUGUCUGAGGAUCUUGACCUUCAUCGAGGAUGCGAGAACCUUGGCGCGCAGCUCACAGGUUAGCAGGAGGUGGCGCGAGCUCGUGAGCGAUGACAUGGCGUGGAAAAGCUUGUGCGAGCGGCAUGCAUAUAGGAGGAUGUCUGAUGAUCGCCCUGCUUCUUCUUCCUCCUCUGCCAGACCCAUACCGAACACGACCACGACGUCCGGCUCUCAACCGCGCCAUCCUCAACCGUAUGGAUAUCAAGCAUUCGCGGAUAUGCACAGUCCUUCGCUGAAUGUACUAUCUUCAAGUGCACCAGAUCUCACCAGCAGGAGUAGCCUCAGCAGUACCCUCUCCACACUCCCGCCGAAUCUCUCCGCUCGCACAAUUGCAUCUUCGAGCAAACGAAGACCACAGGCCAUCAGUUAUCGCAGCCAUUUCAAGCAGCGUUAUCAAGUUGAAACAGCAUGGAGGCAUGGAGGACAUGUGGACACCAGACAGAUUACACCCGAUCAAGGCGUCGUCACGUCGUUGCAUCUAACUUCGAAAUAUAUUAUUGUGGCUUUGGACAAUGCAAAGAUACACGUCUUUGACACUGAAGGGCGGCAUUUACGUUGCCUACAAGGGCAUGUCAUGGGUGUGUGGGCAAUGGUUCCGCAUGGCGACACGCUGGUAUCGGGAGGUUGCGACAGAGACGUACGCGUCUGGGACUUGACGACUGGCAUGGCCACGCACAUGCUGCGAGGCCAUACCAGUACUGUGCGCUGUCUGAAGAUGAGUGGCUCUGGAACUGCGAUAUCGGGUUCACGAGAUACGACUUUGCGCGUGUGGAAUAUUUUAGAAGGACGUUGCGAAGCCGUCUUGGUCGGACACCAGGCUUCGGUCAGAUGUUUGGAGGUCCAUGGUGAUUUGGUCGUUUCUGGGUCCUAUGAUACCACGGCGAGGAUAUGGUCGAUUAGUGAAGGCCGCUGUCUUCGCACACUGCAGGGACACUUCAGCCAAAUCUACGCCGUGGCCUUUGAUGGACGACGAAUCGCCACCGGAUCGCUCGAUACGAGCGUUCGCGUGUGGGAUCCGCGAGACGGUCGCUGUCUGGCCCAACUGCAAGGCCACACUUCUCUCGUGGGACAACUUCAGCUGCGCAAUGACACUCUAGUGACCGGAGGCAGCGAUGGCAGCGUGCGAGUAUGGAGUUUACGUACAUAUUCCGCGAUUCACAGAUUGGCAGCUCACGACAAUAGCGUGACGAGUUUGCAAUUUGAUGAAAGCAGAAUCGUCUCUGGUGGUUCCGAUGGACGCGUCAAGGUUUGGGAUCUUCAGCGCGGCUGUUUGGUGCGUGAACUUGGCAGCCCUGCAGAAGCUGUGUGGAGGGUUGUGUUUGAGGAAGAAAAGGCUGUCGUGCUCGCAAGUCGCGGCGGCAAGACUGUUAUGGAGGUAUGGUCGUUUGCGCCACCACCCGAGGAAGGCUUCGCCGACUAUCCAUCGCCCGCUGCUCUGCGCUCCAGCUCAAGUAGUCCUGGCAUACUGCCAUACCAGAACCCUGUAUAUGGUCAACGGCCCACAUAUAGUUCCAAACAUACUGAGUACGACGAGUUCAUCCAUCGUGAUGCUGGAGAGUACGCAGAAAGUUCGCGCAUUUCCCAGCCAGCCGAAGUGGAUGGACUCGCCGCACAGCAGGAUAGGAUCAUGACUGAUACCUACGAUGCCGUUUCCAACGGCGAGGACAACAACGAGGAUGCCGCGCAAGCAGCACUGCGCGAACGACUGGCCAACGAUGAGUUUAUGGCUCAUUUGCAGGGCAUGACCUAAAGAACAUUAGACCAAUCACAACUUGAGCUCGGACCGCUACUGUGUGGUAGUGCAUGGUUUCCAGCAUGCGUGGCUCUGACUGCGGAUUGCGCGAGCGUCGCCGGCGAACUUUUGCGUAACAAAUAUUUGGUACAGACUAUCGAAGGCCUAGAGGGAGAUAUGGCAUCGUACUUCCGCCCGAGAAUAUGACUUGUUUGCUCUAUUGCGCUAGUCUUUGCGGCCGCAGGCGACUAGCUGCUCCGCUCUCGCCAGUGGUUACUACGGACAGUAUACUCUGGCGACAAAGUGUCUGGAAGCAUAGGAAUACCGAUAAAGGACGGAUCAGAGGGUAUGCACCUGUUGAAGAAGACGGUGUGCAAAAUAGAGGACGACAAGAUGACCGGGGGUCGAGACGAAAAAGAAUUACGAUUACAGCAAGGCAUAGAUGGGUCAGGUAGGCGGAAUUGGGAUGAAGGAAAUGUUGGACUUUUAGUCGGUACAGCGAGGCCGAUGUUUACAGAAUUGCGAAGAGUGAAGAAUGGGCUCGCGAGACAUAGAUUCUUGUUUGGAGAUACGCUGGCUCGGCACCAUGUCACUGCUCGGUGUACG